UUUUGUAAUCUACCAUGCACUUUGUUUGCCCUAAUGUCUGUAAAACACCAGCAGGGUACCACCAGGGUAGAUUUUCAGUUUAUGGUGCUUUCUGAGUAAUUGUCUUGACUUGUUAUUGAACAGUCUAUGGCAGUAUUAAUUUGCAUGUCAAUGCAUUGGUUGUCAAUCAACAUCUUCACUCGAAUAUAUGAAUUGGGGCAGAAGUAAACCACUCACUGCUUCAAUCUACUCUGGUAUUUGGCUGAUCUUAUUGUAACCUUAGUUCUGCACUCCCAUGUAGCGGUUAGCGUAACACUAUUACAGCGCCAGCAACCUGGGUUCAAUUCCCGCUGCUGUCUGUAAGAAGUUUGUACGUUCUCCCCGUGACUGCGUGGGUUUCCUCCGGGUGCUCCGGCUUCCUCCCACAUUCCAAAGACGCACAGAGAGUAUGUUUGAAUGUGAAGAUGACCCAGCAGUGUUUUCUUGUGAUACCUUGCCCUCUGACCUUCGCUUCAUGGCAACAGUUGCCAAUGGAUACAUUGGCACCAGAAUAUAUAGUGAUAUAAUGCACAUUAAUGGGGUAUAUAAUGGUGAAAGGGGUGACUGCUGUCGGGCAGAUGUACCAUCUACUGUUAAUAUCAGACUGACUGUACCUGAUGAGAGCACUGCAAAGAAAACCUUCACGUUAAACACCAGAACAGGUACAUUUUAUAGUACUACAGAGACAAAGGAUUUCGUGGUGACCCAGCAGAUAUUUGCCCAUCGCAGUCAGGUCCAUCUCAUGGUUCUCAUCAUAACUUUGGAACGGAUGGCCAUUUCCAAGGAGCAGCUUACAGUUGAGAUAAAAUCAAUGUUUGUUCCCCACAGCCAGAAUAUUGACUUUAUGAGAGGACCAGACUUCAUGCAAGCAAUGUAUAUCCACGGAGAAACACUUAUCCCAGAGGUUAAAGGUGCUGCAAGGCAAAGUGUCCACAUGAUCUCAAUGCCACUUCCAGAGUCCCUGACCCUGCUGUCGACUGAGCAGAGUAGGUCUUGGAUAUUCCUGACUGCAGUAGCUGACACAGAAGAGCGAGCUAAGGAGUGCUUUGUAGAAGGACAGACCCUGGUCCAGUCAAAUCAACUUUACUCAUCACAUGUAUUAGCAUGGGCCACAUUGUGGAAGCAGAGCUGCAUCAGUUUGAGAGGCUGCAGGAAGCUAAACCAGGCCCUGCAUGGAUGUCUAUAUUACGUGCUCAGUGCCCUCCCCCCAAUGAAACCUACAGACUUUCAGUACAUUGGACUAAGUCCUGGGGGUCUCUCCAAUGGGGGUAAUGGAGAAGAUUACUUUGGUCACAUCUUCUGGGAUCAGGAGAUUUGGUUGUACCCUAUCGUGCUUGCAUUCUACCCAGAACUAGCUGCUAUCCUUCUGAAGAACCGAAUUCGAACUCUUCCUGCUGCCAAGUCCAUUGCAGUACAACAAGGAUUCUUGGGUGCCAAGUACCCGUGGGAGAGUGCUGUGACUGGAUUCGAGGUCUGUAAUGAAGAUAUUUACGGGUUGAAAGAAAUUCACAUCAACAGUGAUAUCUCAUUUGCAUUUCAGCAAUAUUUUUAUCUCACCCAGGACCUGGUGUUUUUUCGGGAUAAAGGGGGUUGGGAUGUGGUAUGCAGCAUUGCUGAGUUUUGGAGCAGCCGGGUGACUUGGAACCCUUCCGAAAUGUGCUAUGAAAUUAAAGGAGUGAUGCCGCCUGACGAAUAUCAAUCCGAUGUUAACAAUUCUGCCUUCACUGCUGUGGGUGCCAAAUACAGCCUCCAGUUUGCUACAGAGUUGGCGUCACAUUUACAAAUUGCAGUUCCAUCAGAAUGGAUGAAAAUAGCUGAGAAAAUCAAAGUGCCUUUUGAUCCUGAGAAGCAAUAUCAUCCUGAGUUUGAUGGAUAUAAAUCAGGGGAUGUUGUGAAGCAGGCAGAUGUUGUGUUGCUAGGUUACCCACUUAUGUAUCACAUGAGUCCUCAGGUGCGGAAGAAUGACCUGGUGAUGUAUGAAGCUGUGACAGAUCCUGAGGGACCAGCCAUGACCUGGAGCAUGUUUGCAAUUGGUUGGUUGGAGCUGAAGAAUGCUACUCAGGCUCAGCAGCAACUGAACAAAUGCUAUAGCAAUAUUCAGGAACCAUUCAAGGUUUGGAGUGAAAAUGCGGAUGGGUCAGGAGCUGUCAAUUUCCUAACAGGAAUGGGUGGCUUUUUACAGACAGUAGUAUUUGGCUACACGGGAUUCAGAAUCACAAAGAAUUGUUUGCUCUUUGAUCCCAUAAUCCCAGAGGAUAUUGAUGAAUUACAAAUUACUGGAAUUAAUUACCUUGGAAAUAUUCUACAACUUCAACUUUCGAAGGAGCAGGCCACCAUUGUUUUGAUGAGAUGUUGUGAGGUUCAGCACAUGCCCUUGGAAGUUGUUCUACGGGAUUCAGGAAGGACUUUUGUUUUAAAUAGAGAUCAACCCGUGUCAUUUCUUCUGGGACCUGGAAAGAUUCAAAAUAGGUGUAAUGCUGAUUCUUCUGAAUUAUGUACAAAAUUAUAGCUUGUUAUUGAAUUUUUUUUCAUCUGUCAAGCACAGUUUCUGGCAUUUUUUUAAGAAUGAAAAUUUGAAAGACAUUAUAUGCCACUGGGAUUGUAAACUUCAUAGUUAAUUAUUAAUUUCUUUUUCCUGCCUUCCUACACCAAAGAUGUGGAUUCUUGCUGAGGUAUGAUUCCACAAGAGUGCAUGGUUUUCUAGUAUUUGUCUUUUAUAUUUUUACCAUUGCCUAGAUGGUGAGUAACAGCAGCAUGUUUUUCAUCAGUUGAACCUAAAGCUGUGCUUGCAUGUAUACUUUUUAGUGGAGUCAUUAUAUAUGGAUGAAGGGUGGGAACUCUGACUGAUUCCUUCCACUCCACUUCCAGCUUCCUGUUAACAUCAGAUAGCUAUUUGCAGAUUGAAUCUGCAAACUUUUCACUUCAGGUGUAUGUGGCUACUCCCCAACAUAUCACUCAUUUUAUCCACAGAGUUGUUGGGAGCUACAGAAUCUAAUGUGAUCCAUUCAUGCAUGUAUUUUAUCCAAAUGUCUAUUAAUUUCUCAAACAUGAUACUAUCUUUAAAAUUUAAUAUAAAUUGGUUCAAUAAAUAAUGUCUGUCGACUCUUGUAUCCCAUUGAUAAGUGCAUGUACUUUCAACCAAUAUCUCCUGCAUUAAACUGUAUUGCCCCACAAAAUGUAACCUCAUGUCUUGACAUAUCUCCCACUUCACCAUUACUAUCAGGCCAGG